CAUAAUGUUCCUUAAUUUACUUUAAUAACUCACUAACUGCAUAGAAAUAGCUUUGUCAGAUGUUUACUCCAUAUCUUAGGUCUUAAGUUCUGCAGAAAACUGCUAAAAUUCGAGCUACUUAUUUGUAAUGGAAAAGAUGAAGUUUUCAUCAGAAAUAGUCACCAGAAAACUAGGAGGACUUCGAACCAUGCCUUUUAUCAUAGCGAACGAGGCAUUUGAAAAGGUGGCAAGUACAGGGCUUCAUGCAAACAUGAUUCUGUACCUGGUUUUUGAGUAUCACAUGGAUGUUGUUACAGGAACUACUAUUUUGUUCUUGUGGAAUGCCAUUGCGAAUUUCAUGCCAAUCUUGGGAGCCUUCUUGUCUGAUUCCUACUUGGGCCGCUUUCGUGUCAUUGCUUGGGGCACAGUUGUUACCUUAAUUGGAACUAUCAUUCUGUGGUUCACAGCCAUAAUUCCAGAAUUCACGCCUCCUGAUUGUGAUAUUCGACAGCCAAGAGAUUGUGUGAAGCCAGACUCAGGGCAGCUAGCACUUCUAUUCAUCUCACUGGCUGUUAUGGCAAUAGGGGCUGGUGGAAUUAGGCCGUGUUCUCUAGCAUUUGGUGCAGAUCAGUUUGAUAAGCCUGAUAACCCGGAAAAUGAGAGAAUUCUGCAGAGGUUUUUUAACUUGUACUAUGCCUCAGUUGGAAUUUCUCUCAUGAUUUCAGUAACUGUUAUAGUGUAUAUUCAAAACAAAUUCGGGUGGAUUGUGGGAUUCGGAGUUCCAGUUGGAUGCUUGUUACUGUCAACAGUACUAUUCUUGAUUGGCUCUCCUCUUUUUAUCAAGAUAAAGCCAAACAAGAGCAUGCUUCAAGAUUUUGUUCAAGUUAUUUCACUAUCUUGGAAAAACAAGCACCUCGCUUUGCCACCCGAACACUUGGAUGGCUGGUAUCAUCAUAACAAAGGGUCUAAAUUUGUUUCACCAACAGAGCAGCUGAGGUUCCUAAACAAGGCUUGUAUCCGUAGAAUUGGAGAACCAGAUGGUUUAACUAUAGGGCCAAAGGACAGCAUAUGCACAGUUCAACAAGUAGAAGAAUUUAAAGCUCUGAUCAGAGUACUCCCAAUUUGGUCCACAGGCAUCAUAAUCGCGGUCACAGUUAACCAACACUCAUUUCCAGUACUCCAAGCAGACACAAUGGACAGAACUUUAGUAGGAGACUUCAAGAUUCCAUCAGGCUCCUACGGAGUAUUCACACUUCUAACACUAACUAUAUGGGUUGCAGUAUAUGAUCAACUGAUAGUACCCCUUAUAACAAAGAUCACGAAAAGGCCAGGUGGUCUUACCCUCCAGCAACGUAUGGGAACCGGGCUAUUUCUCUCCAUUGCUGCCACUGCAGUGGCAGCAAUAACUGAGAAUAUCCGUCGACAACAUGCCAUCGAUGAAGGACUAGUAGACACUCCUAAAGGGGUGGUGAACAUGUCAGCAAUGUGGCUGAUUCCACAGUAUGCUUUAAUAGGACUAGCUGAAGGAUUCAAUGCAAUUGGACAAAUAGAAUUCUACUACUCUCAGUUUCCGAAGACUAUGGGAAGUAUUGCAGUGGCUCUUUUCGCAUUAGGAAUGGCCUUUGGGAACUUGUUAGGCAGUUUGAUUGUGGAAAUUGUAGAUAAAGUUUCCAAGCAUGGUGGCAAAGAAAGUUGGGUUGGAAAUAACUUGAACAAAGGCCAUUAUGAUUAUUAUUAUUGGGUCCUUUCAAUACUGUGUGCAGCAAAUUUCUUGUACUUCUUGGUGUGCAGUUGGGCUUAUGGGCCUAAUGUUGAGCAAAAGGUCUGGAAUCAUGAUGAAGAGGAAAGCAUGGAAAUGGAGGGAGAUUCAAAGCUAUAUGAAUCCUCAAUGAUAUCUAUUGCAUUAUCCAAGCAAUCUCCUCUUCAUGUAUACUGACAUCUAAGUACCAGUAAACUUCUGUUUUGGUUGUAGUUAUCACUCCUGGCUAGCUUUAUGUGUAGCAAAGGUUAUCAUGCAACCCUAAUGUUAGGUUCCUUUGUUGAUGAAAUGUUAUUAUUAACCUGAUACAACUUGACAAAUGAUGGUUAUAGUUGUUGUUAGCCUCCGUCAAAAACAAGCACAAGCAAUUAAAUAAAAGUUGUUCAUGUGUGUAUAUGUGACG